AUGUCCUGCAACAGCUGCCCUGGAACCUUCUCCCAGACCUUUGGGGGCCAACUUCAGUAUCCGAUCUCUUCAUGUGGGUCCUCCUACCCCAACAAUGUCUUCCACAGCACUGACCUCCAAACUCCCAUCACGCACCAGCUGGGCUCCCCUCUUCACAGUGGCUGCCAGGAAACCUUCUGUGAGCCCCGCAGCUGCCAGACAUCAUUUGUGGUCUCCAGACCCUGCCAGAGGCCUUUCUACAGCCAGAGGAUUCGAGGGCCCUGCAGCCCCUGCCAGUCAGCUUUCUCGGGAUCCCUGGGAUUUGGUUCCAGGGGCUUCCAGUCUUUUGGUUGUGGCUACCCAACCGUGGGCUUUGGAUCCCGUGGUUUCCAGUCAGUGGGAUGUGGUACCAGCACUUUCUCAUCCCUAAAUUGUGGAUCCAGCUUUUACCGCCCAACCUGCUUCUCUACCAAAAGCUGCCAGUCUGUUUCUUACCAGCCAACCUGUGGGACCGGCUUCUUCUGA